AUGUCUAGAUCAGGUGUUGCCGUUGCUGACGAAUCGCUUAACUCUUUCAACGACUUGAAAUUGGGUAAGAAGUACAAGUUCGUCUUGUACGGAUUAAACGACAACAAGACCGCAAUUGUGGUCAAGGAAACAUCGUCGGAUGAUUCGUACGACGCAUUCCUAGAGAAACUGCCAGAAAACGAAUGUCUGUAUGCCGUGUAUGACUUUGAAUAUGAGCUCAAUGGCAAUGAGGGUAAGAGAUCUAAGAUCGUUUUCUACACUUGGUCUCCCGACACUGCACCAGUCAGAGCAAAGAUGGUUUACGCAUCUUCCAAAGAUGCUCUUAGAAGAGCUUUGAAUGGUGUAUCCACCGAUAUUCAAGGUACUGAUUUCUCUGAGGUCUCUUACGAAACUGUUUUGGAGAAGGUCAGCAGAGGUGCUGGCUCUCAUUAG